CUCAGUUGCCAUGGAGACCAGGACGCAAGAAGAGCGGAGGUCUGAGGAGGUCCAGACCUACGAGAACCAGGAGACAGAGUGCUUGCAGAUCUCGCGUCCGGCCGGGUCCAGUAGCCCGGUCCAGGUCGGCGGGAAGUCCUCCCUGCAGCCCUCCCUCACCUACUCCGAAGUUUUACGCUGCGGCUUCGCGUCCCGGCCCCGCGGGCUCCGGUCGUUGGCGCUGCCGCCGCACCCUGAGCCCCAGCCGCUGCGCCUGCGCCCCUCCUCGCUGCUCACUCAAGACAUCUCGCACUUGCUCACCCGCGUCUUCCGCAACUUGUACUCUGUCGAGGUGAUCGGCGAGGACCUGAGCGCCAGUUUGAUCCAGGCCCGCGGCAGCGAGGAUGAGCGCCAUGAGGUGUUCGUGGACCAGCUGCAGCAGAUUCGAGAGCUCUAUAAGCAGCGGCUGGAUGAGGUUGAGAUGUUGGAGAGACAUAUUACUCAGGCCCGUGCUCGGGCCCUGGCUGAAACAGAGCGAGCCUCCAACCUGAUCCAAACACAUGUGCUGGAGACCUCCAUCAAGUUGCCUCCAGUGAAGACUGUCUUCAGGUGGUGUGUAGACAGCGAAUUGCUACAGAAGCAUCAUUUGAUCUGCCCUGAAGAUUACUACAGUGAUACAGUGCCGUUUUGCUCUGCACCCAAAGGCGACUUCCACCCUGGAUGUUCAAAACUGGCAUUCAGUUGUGAGAAGCACUCUAUCCCAAAGGCAGAGCUGGACAAAAAGCUUGCAGUGCCCUGCAGGGAGAAGGUUCCUGCAUCUGAAGAUGAGUUGGACUAUACUAUGGACAGCCUGCCAAGGGACUCAACGCCCGAGGCUAAACAAAGGACCAAAGAAACUGUCAAGAAACCAAGUCCACCAAAGAAUAAAAAAUGGAUGAACCACUUACGAGUGCCACAGAGAGAACUGGAGCGACGUCAGCUUGCUAGAAUGGAGAGUCGCAACCACUUCCUAAAAAACCCCCGUUUUUUUCCUCCUAACACUCCACAUGGAGGCAGGUCGCUUAUUUUUCCUCCAAAGAAGCCAGCGCUGAUAGGAGAAUGUCCAGGUGCAGAGCUAGAACAGAGUUGUGCCAAUACUCCAGUGUUCCUAGCUAAGCCAUCGAUUGUGUUUUUCACAAAUUAUGAAAUUGGACCAGUUUAUGAGAUGGUGAUCACGCUACAGAAUACUGCUGCAUCCAGCCGCUACCUGCGAGUCCUCCCGCCUUCCACUCCAUACUUUGCUCUGGGGUUGGGGAUGUUCCCAGGCAAAGGUGGAAUGGUGGCUCCUGGAAUGACCUGCCAGUACACUGUCCAGUUUAUUCCUGAUUGUCUUGGGGAUUUUGAUGAUUUCAUUUUAGUUGAGACCCAGUCAGCUCACAAGCUACUGAUCCCCCUGCAGGCCCGGAGACCACCCCCUGUGCUGACCUUGUCACCACUACUGGACUGUGGUUACUGCCUCAUUGGAGGAAUAAAGAUGAUCAAGUUCAUGUGCAGAAAUGUAGGCUUCAGCGCUGGCAAAUUCCAUAUUAUGCCCAAAGAGAUCUGGCCGCCAAUAAGUUUCACGGCUGUUUCAAGCACUGGUUUUGUUGGACGACCUCCUUUUGGAGUCAGGCCUUCCAUGUUUGAGCUGGCCCCGGGGCUUUCCAUGUUACUGGAGGUUUUGUUCUUACCAGUGAGCCUGGGAAGGACAGAGCAGACCUUCAUCAUCCUGUGUGACAACUGCCAGAUAAAGGAGCUGGUGAUCGCAGGAACUGGGCAGCUCAUUGCUUUGGAUCUAAUCUAUAUUUCUGGUGAAAAAAGUCAACCAGACCCAGGAGAGCUGACAGACUUAACAGCUCAAUACUUCGUUCGAUUUGAGCCUGAAAACCUUCAGUCCACUUCGAGGAAACAAUUGAUUAUCAGAAAUGCAACGCACGUUGAGUUGGCCUUCCAUUGGCAGAUCAUGAUGCCCAACCUGCAGCCUCUCAUGCCCGGAGAAACCUACAGCCUGGACAACAUCAAGUACCACCCUGACAGGGAGACUGCCUUCUCCAUCAGGCCUGCAAAGGGGGUUCUCAGCCCCCACACAGACCACGAGUUCAUCCUGAGCUUUUGUCCUUAUGAGCUGAGACGUUUCCACAGUGUGCUGCAGAUGGUGCUGGAAGAUGUCCCUGAGCCUGUAAGCUCAGAGGUAGAAAACCCGGAGGACUACUCAUACUGUGUGGAUAACGUGAUUGUCUUGGAAAUCGAGGUGAAAGGCUCAGCAGAGCCCUUCCAGGUUCUUUUAGAACCGUAUGCCCUCAUCAUUCCGGGGGAGAACUACAUUGGCGUCAAUGUGAAGAAAGAUUUUAAGAUGUGGAACAACAGCAAGUCACCCAUCAGAUACAUGUGGGAGAAGAUCAGUGACUGUCACAUCAUUGAAGUGGAGCCCUGCGCAGGGGUCAUAGAGCCCAAUGAAGUCGGGGACUUUGAGUUGAACUUUACCGGGGGUGUCCCUGGCCCAGCAAGCCAGGACCUGCUCUGUGAAAUCAGAGACUCCCCCUCGCCAGUUGUGUUACACGUUGAGGCAGCCUUUAAGGGGCCUGCCGUUGUCAUCAAUGUCUCAGCCCUUCAGUUCGGUCUGCUCCGCCUGGGACAGAAAGCCAGGAACUCUAUUCAGAUCCAAAAUGUCAGCCAGCUCCCCGCCUUGUGGCACCUGAGGGAGAGCCCAGCCUGCCUGGAAGAAAGACGCGAGAGUGUAUCACCCUUUGACAUUGAGCCUUCGAGUGGCCAGCUUCACCCUCUGGGGGAGUGCAGUGUGACCGUCACCUUGGAGGCGUUGCGCUGCCAGAGUCUGCAGACUGUACUGGAGCUGGAGGUGGAAAAUGGGGACUGGAGCUACCUGGCUGUGUAUGCUGAGAUACAGGAGCCCCAUGUGUACCUGCAGAGCAGCCAGGUGGAGCUCAGCAGUCUCUACCUGGAUGUGCCCACAAAGUCAACCAUCACGCUCAUCAAUAGCACGCUCCUCCCCACCCGGUUCCAGUGGGGCAAGCUCCUGGGAAACCAAGCAGCCUUCUGCAGAGUGAAAAUUUUCCCUAGAUGUGGCCUACUGGGCCCUAAUGCAGAGCGCCAGCUCAUCUUGGAGGUCACUGCUCAUACCCAGGAUGAGCUGACCGAUCUGGCCCUCCCUUGUUAUGUGUCAGGCAUGAAGGAGCCACUGGCCCUAGGCAUCUCUGGGAAGCCUCAGGGACUGCAAGUGACCAUUGCCGUCUCUGCAAAGGGUUCCGAUAGCAGUGUUUGUAGCACAAAGCAGGAGCCAGGCCGUCUGGAAGAGCUCCACCUGGACUUUGGCUCGAUGGUGCCGCUGAGGACCUGUGUGAAUCGCCAGCUCAUCCUGAACAAUCACUCACCAAUUCAGAGCUCUUUCACCCUCCAGUUUGAAUACUUUGGGAGCCCCCAGAACAGCCUGAGCAAAAGGGCCAGCCUGCUUGACUUGCCUCCUGCCCUGCUAAAGACAGCACGUGUGCGAGAGCAGUUGGCCAGGCGAGAGCAAUUAGAUUUUAUGGAGAACAUGUUAUCUCAUGGGAAAGGAGCAGCUUUCUUCCCCCGUAUUUCCCAGGGCAUGCUGAGGGCCUACCAGAAGCUGAGCAUUGAAAUCACAGGUUGUGCCAACAUGUGGGGUGAAUACUGGGACAGCCUCAUUUGUAUGGUGGGGAACCUGCCACCAACGGUCAUCCCCGUGCACAUGGCAGCAGUGGGCUGCCCCAUCAGCUCCCUAAGGACUACCUACUACACCGCUGACUGCUUUCAGAAGGAGCCUAUCAUCAGGUUGGGGACCCACAUCUCUGGAGGAGACACAAUCAGCCGGACUCUUCGCCUGUAUAACUCCAGCCCCUGUGACAUCCGCCUGGAUUGGGAGACGUACAUGCCAGAAGACAGGGAGGACAAGCUGGUGGAGCUGCUGGUGUUUUAUGGGCCACCUUUCCCACUGAGGAACCAAGCCGGGAAUGACCUCAUGUGCUCCGAGAUGACCAAGAGCAGCAGCUUACUCGGGCCCCUGUCCCCCUCCAGUGUGUCAGAGGCCAGCCAUGCAGCGGCCCCUUUGGUUGAAGGCCACUUCAGUGCCAGUGAUGAGGCCACAGAGCACAUCAUCUCAGUCAUCCUGCAGGAGCAUGAGGGGGUGCCUGCCCACCACCUGUUCGGUGUCACCCCCAAGCAGAUGGUGGUCCCUGCUGGGGGCAGCAGCACCAUCUCCAUCUCCUUCACACCCAUUGUGCUCAGCCCUGACACCCUGCACAAGGUGGCGUGCACUGGCUACAUCCUGGGCUACAUGAGCUUGGACAACAAGGAGGAGAGAGAUAUUCCAGGGAGGAGACAUCGGCUGCAGGACUUUGCUGUGGGACCCCUGCGACUGAACCUGCAUGGUUUUGUGAGGCAUGCACAGCUGAGUGUGGAGCUGGAUGACAGCGGCCGCAUGGAGUUCCGGUGCCGGGCCAGUGACCUCAUCCCUGACCAGCCCUGCUCUGGGGUACUAAGUGAACAGCUGACCACCCGCCACCUGAAGCUGACCAACACCACGGAAAUCCCACAGUACUUCCAGCUCUUGGUCUCCAGGCCCUUCUUGGUUUCUCAAGAUGCAGUUAGCCAGGACCACAGAGUUGGCUCUGGCCGGGCGCAGGAGGGUGAAGAGGAGACAGCCUCAGGGAGCAGGCAGCUGGUACUGCGCCCACAGGAGAACAUGCUGGUGAAUGUGUCCUUCUCACUCUCCCUGGAGCUGAUCUCCUACCAGAAGCUCCCAGCUGACCAGAUGCUGCCCAGAGUGGACAUUCAGCAGAGCUCGAGUGGAGAGAAGGAGAUGGUGUUCACUCAGGAUCUGCUCCUGGAGUUCACGAACCAGACCACUCAGGUGGUGCCCUUGAGGGCCGUUGUGGCUGUGCCUGAGCUGCAGCUGUCCACCAGCUGGGUGGACUUCGGCACCUGCUUUGUGAACCAGCGGCGGGCCCAGGAGAUCAACCUACUGAACCUGAGUGGCUGCCAGAGCUACUGGGCCGUGCUGAUGGGACAGCAGGAGCCGGACAAGAAGGCGAAAGCCUUUGGGGUCUCCCCAAGCAGUGGGCUGCUGGAAGCCCGAGCCACCAACGCCCCCCCAACCUCCAUCACCUUGCACGUGUUCUUCACUCCCAGGAGCACUGAGCUGUACGAGUCCACAGUGGUGGUGGAAGGCGUGCUCGGCGAGAAGACCUGCACCCUCAGACUGCGGGGCCAAGGCUCCUACGAUGAGAGAUAUAUGGCAUCUCACCAAUCCUAAGACUGUGCUCACUGCACAGCCUCAGCCCCAGAUUUAACACAGAGGAGAGCCCACGCCACCCUAGAGAGCAUGGAAGUUAAGAAUUGCUACUCAGAGCACAGAGAAGACCAAUGAGGCAAGAUCUGGACCUUGGAAAAGAAGCACACCACCAAGAUGAGAUCACAGACAUUUACUCCGUCCAUUGUAUCCCUCAUCCACAAAACCACCCUCCUCCAAGAGUUACAAGACUGACUGUGGCGUGGGUAACCCGUGCUGACUUUGUCCUAGGGAGGGUCCCUGACAGAAGUGGCACAACAUCCCCACUCACUCCUGCAUGGUAUUAUCAGUGCUCACAUUUUCCAAA